CCAAAGAGCUUAAUUUGCGUGUUAUAAAGUGAAGCAGAAAGCGCCACUGGUGACAUUGGUCCUUGUCCCGCGCUUAACAGUACAGGUGGACGAAAGGGGCCGCCUGCCAAAUACUUCUGGUUGGAGGGAGGGGUGGGAGUGAUCGCUCCAAACCACUCCUGGAAUGGCUUAACGCGCCCAGCGCGAAUCAAUGACAACCUCUCGCCGGCUGCGGCAGGCUCCCGGAGCAGCGCUGCCGCGUGGAUUCCCAGCCCCGGACCCUGGCGGCGCUCAGGACACGGCCGGGGCACCAGCGCGGCGUCCCCGGGGCGGCCAGGGCUCGGGCGGAGAACAUGGCCAAUGGCAUUGACGAGCUCAUCGGCAUUCCCUUCCCCAACCACAGCAGCGAGGUGCUGUGCAGCCUCAACGAGCAGCGGCACGAUGGCCUGCUCUGCGACGUGCUCCUGGUGGUGCAGGAGCAGGAGUACCGCACGCACCGCUCGGUCCUGGCCGCCUGCAGCAAGUACUUCAAGAAGCUCUUCACUGCCGGCAGCCUAGCCAGCCAGCCCUACGUGUACGAGAUCGACUUCGUGCAGCCCGAGGCGCUGGCCGCCAUCCUGGAGUUCGCCUACACCUCCACGCUCACCAUCACCGCCUCCAACGUCAAGCACAUCCUCAACGCCGCCCGGAUGCUGGAGAUCCCGUGCAUCGUGAACGUGUGCCUGGAGAUCAUGGAGCCCGGCGGCGAGGGCGGCGAGGAGGACGACAAGGAGGAUGACGACGACGACGAAGACGACGACGACGAGGAGGACGAAGAGGAGGAGGAGGAGGAAGAGGAGGAGGACGACGACGAUACGGAGGACUUUGCUGACCAAGAAAACCUGCCUGACCCCCAGGACAUCAACUGCCACCAAAGCCCCUCCAAGACGGACCAUCUCACGGAGAAGGCCUAUUCAGACACACCCAGGGACUUCCCGGACUCCUUCCAGGCCGGCAGCCCUGGCCAUCUAGGGGUGAUCCGGGACUUCUCCAUCGAAUCUCUGCUGAGGGAGAACCUGUACCCCAAAGCCAACAUCCCUGACCGGAGACCCUCCUUAUCUCCGUUUGCCCCGGACUUCUUCCCACACCUCUGGCCGGGAGACUUUGGUGCCUUUGCCCAGCUGCCUGAGCAGCCAAUGGACAGUGGGCCAUUGGAUCUGGUCAUCAAAAACCGGAAGAUCAAGGAGGAAGAGAAGGAAGAGCUGCCCCCGCCCCCUCCCCCACCCUUCCCUAGCGACUUCUUCAAGGACAUGUUCCCUGACCUGCCUGGGGGACCACUAGGCCCCAUCAAGGCAGAGAACGACUACGGUGCCUAUCUCAACUUCUUGAGUGCCACCCACCUGGGGAGCCUCUUCCCACCCUGGCCACUGGUGGAGGAGCGCAAGCUGAAGCCCAAGGCAUCUCAGCAGUGCCCCAUCUGCCACAAAGUCAUCAUGGGGGCCGGGAAGCUGCCGCGGCACAUGAGGACCCACACUGGGGAGAAGCCAUACAUGUGCAACAUCUGCGAGGUCCGAUUCACCAGGCAGGACAAGCUGAAGAUCCACAUGCGGAAGCACACAGGGGAGCGGCCCUACCUGUGCAUUCACUGCAACGCCAAGUUUGUGCACAACUACGACCUCAAGAACCACAUGCGCAUCCACACGGGCGUGCGGCCCUACCAGUGCGAGUUCUGCUACAAGAGCUUCACGCGCUCCGACCACCUGCACCGCCACAUCAAGCGCCAGAGCUGCCGCAUGGCCCGGCCCCGGCGCGGCCGCAAACCCGCCGCCUGGAGGGCCGCCAGCCUGCUCUUUGGCCCUGGUGGCCCAGCGCCCGAAAAGGCGGCCUUCGUGAUGCCACCUGCGCUGGGCGAGGUGGGCGGCCACCUGGGCGGCGCCGCCGUGUGCCUCCCGGGCCCCAGCCCCACCAAGCACUUCCUGGCGGCACCCAAGGGCGCGCUGAGCCUGCAGGAGCUGGAGCGGCAGUUCGAGGAGACGCAGAUGAAGCUGUUCGGGCGCGCGCAGCUGGAGGCCGAGAGGAACGCGGGCGGCCUCCUGGCCUUGGCGCUGGCCGAGAACGUGGCCGCCGCGCGGCCCUAUUUCCCGCUGCCGGACCCCUGGGCCGCGGGCCUGGCCGGCCUCCCAGGGCUCGCUGGCCUCAACCACGUGGCCUCCAUCUCAGAAGCCAACAACUAGGCUGGCCUUGGUCAACCCCAGCUGGCCAGCCCUGUCCCCUCUCCCAGCAGGCCCAGCCUGCCCCACCCAGUGGGUCUGAACCUUUAUUUCACAAACACAAAGGGAAAAUGA